AUGGCACAACUCCCCCCCUACCUAGUGCGAAUAGUCGCAACAUUCCUCACCCAAGCUCUAACCCGCAAACUCGCCCAAUCGCCCCUCUUCUUCCGCAUAGUCGACCGAAUGAUCCACGAGAUCGAUCACAUGCCACAUCGCGUACAAGGUCGACAUAUUCCGCCGUACCAACCGCCAUUAGGGAUGCGAGAGAGCGAAUGGAACCAGGAUCACGGAGAACCUCAUGAUGAGCCUUCGCCGUUCCCGCUAAGCAAUAAAGGAAAAGAUGGGAAGGCAGGCGAGACAGGAAAACCACAAAGCUUUGAGGAGGCGCAGAGAGCGAGAGCGAGGAUGUCAUAUCAACAGGCGCAGUGGUUGGCACAGAGAGAUAGAGCCAGAGCGGAAGCGGAAAAGAAGGUGGUGAAGGAUGAUAGCGUGUCGAAGGAGUUGAGGGAUUUGCAGCAGAAGUUGAGGGAGUUGCGGAAUAAGCCUUGA